AUGAAGAGGCGCCGAUGUGUUGGUGCGGAAAGGGCUGCUACAAUUCGAACCUCUUGGACAGAUUCGAAUCCUAGGAGGCGAUUUUCCAUGUGUGCAGCAAAGGCAGUGAUUCCUGGGCUUCUAAAAUCACGGAAUAAGCUGGAGAAGUCAGUGGCAAAGGCGAAGACAAAGAGAAAAGGUCGUUUGGUGUUGUUGGUGGCUUCGUGGGUUCUAUUUGCAAGCAUCAUUUUGGGAGGGAUGUUGUUGGAUGUGGGAGUGAACAAAAGAGGAGCUUGGGAAUUAGCUUUGCCAUGA